CAAACUUAGGCACCGGCAACAUAAUUCUCUGCAUGGUGAAUCUUACUCAUAUUCGUGCAGUUGCAACUCGUUAUUUUUUUAAUAUUUAGCGGGAAUCCACAGUUUAUCAUCGUUAGAAGAAUUUCGUUUAAAAAUGGCUCAUAUUCUAUUGCCAUAUUUUCUUUUAUUUUGCGGAGCUUUCUUGUUGUCUUGCAGAGCGCAAAGCAGUUUACCACGGUACGACGGAACACCGGUUAGUCAACGCGAGUGCGCCAGUCGCCCAAGAAAUGCUUGCUGGAAAGGUCUUGAUAACUGUCUCGAAGCCGGUAUCGGGCAAAUGAUUUUCAGGAAAGUGCCGGGAACCGUGUGGACGUUAGAAUGCUACAAAAAUGUCACUGCCCGUGAUUUUUUGGACACUGCCAGUAGUAUUGCCAUCGUUAAUCCACACCGAGCUGUUAAAGUGUUUGCAAACGGUGAAGACUCCUACCAGCUAACACAGCAGCUUGUCGACCCGAUAAGAGCACAAUUAAUUGAGCUGCAUUACUGGAGCUGCCGAGACAACACGGCCACAACCACGUUGGGGGCAUUGCGAUUGCCGAACUUGCUGUACUUGCAGUUUCAUGGCUGCACCAGUUUAGUGAUAAAACGAGACGAUUUUCGCCACUUCAAGAAUUUGAGAAAUCUUGAUUUCCACAUGACGUCGAUUGAAUCGAUUGAGCCGGAGACAUUCAAGGAUCUCCCGCAGCUGAGGUCACUCCAGCUAGAACACGACUACGUGAAUCUUCUUGGUCGACUUCACGAAAAUGAUCACGAUAACCAGUACGCUACUCCUCAGAUCCAGGCGGCUAUUCGUAAGAUUCACUGUGCCUGCGAUUAUGCAUGGCUGCGGAACUGGCUGAAAGCCAGUCCUUUUCUUCUGAGCGACCGCGACGAAGGGGAAUUAUACAUUAUCGGAAAUCAUCCCAGUGCACGAAUCUGA